CGAAAAAUACCAAACCGAUAAAAUACUGAAAAAGAACCAUACCGUACCAAACCGAAUGGUCGGUGCGGCAUUGGGAUCGGUACGAGGUGAGAAGUCAAUGAUAAAGAAGCGUUAUAUGCACAUAACAGAAGAAAUCCUAAAGGAGAACGCUAACAUGUGUGCAUACAUGGCUCCAUCAUUGGAUGCUAGACAAAAGAUGGUGGCCGAGGAAGUUCCAAAACUCGGGAAAGAAGCCGCCCAAAAGGCCAUCAAAGAAUGGGGCCAGCCCAAGUCCAAGAUCACCCACCUGAUUGGUGCUCCAGUCCUCCGGCUGGCUAAAGACAUCUCCGAGAACAACAAGGGCUCACGAACCCUUGUUGUCUGCUCGGAGAUGAUCUUAUCGACGUUUCAUGGCCCAGAUGAGACUCAUUUUGAUAACCUUGUAGGGCAGUCCCUAUUCGGAGAUGGGGCUUCGGCUGUAAUUAUUGGAGCAGGCCCAAUACCAGAGACCGAAAGACCCUUGUUUGAACUCGUCUCCGCGGCCCAAACUCUUUUACCGGACAGUUUUGGGGCCAUCGAAGGACACCUCCGUGAAGUAGGGUUGACAUUCCACUUACAGAAAAAUGUCCCUUCAAUCAUUUCUGAGAACAUUGGCCAGAUUCUGAAGGACGCUUUCGGGCCUCUAGGAAUAACAGAUUGGAAUUCUAUUUUCUGGAUUGCUCAUCCAGGUGGGCCGUCAAUUCUAGACCGAGUUGAAGUUCAGUUGGGCCUGAAGCCCAAGAAAUUGCAGGCCACGAGACGAGUGUUGAGUGAAUAUGGAAACAUGUCUAGUGCUUCUGUGUUGUUCAUUUUGGACCUAAUGAGAAAGGCCUCGGUGGAAAAUGGGCUUAGCACAACCGGUGAAGGGCUCGAGUGGGGAGUCCUGUUUGGAUUUGGGCCGGGCCUCACUGUCGAGACCUUGGUUCUCCAUAGCAUAUCAACUAGUAAUUGUAAUUGAUAUUAACUAGGAUAUGGAGGCUCGUAAAACCUACUUUACUGGGGGGAAAUACACACACUAUAUAGGGUGUAUAAUACCCUCUAUUCUCUAAAUAAAAAUACUCCAUAUAAUAAUGAAAUACUCUUUUC